GCCGCGCUCCUCGUCCUGCGCCUGCCCCAGGAUGGUCUGCGCCAGGCACCAGCCCGGCGGGCUCUGCCUCCUGCUGCUGCUACUCUGCCAGUUCAUGGAGGACCGCAGCGCCCAGGCUGGGAAUUGCUGGCUCCGCCAAGCCAAGAACGGCCGCUGCCAGGUCCUGUAUAAGACCGAGCUGAGCAAAGAAGAGUGCUGCAGUACCGGCCGACUGAGCACCUCGUGGACCGAGGAGGACGUGAAUGACAACACUCUCUUCAAGUGGAUGAUUUUCAACGGGGGCGCCCCCAACUGCAUCCCCUGUAAAGAAACGUGUGAGAAUGUGGACUGCGGACCUGGAAAAAAAUGUCGUAUGAACAAGAAGAAUAAACCCCGCUGCGUCUGUGCCCCAGACUGUUCCAACAUCACCUGGAAGGGUCCAGUGUGUGGGCUGGAUGGGAAAACCUAUCGCAACGAAUGUGCACUCCUUAAGGCCAGAUGUAAAGAGCAGCCGGAACUGGAAGUUCAGUACCAGGGCAAAUGUAAAAAGACUUGCCGGGAUGUUUUCUGUCCAGGAAGCUCCACCUGUGUGGUGGACCAGACGAAUAAUGCCUACUGUGUGACCUGUAACCGGAUUUGCCCAGAGCCCUCCUCUGUGGAGCAGUACCUGUGCGGGAAUGAUGGAGUGACUUACUCUAGUGCCUGCCACCUGAGAAAGGCCACCUGCUUGCUGGGCAGAUCGAUUGGCUUAGCCUAUGAGGGAAAAUGUAUCAAAGCAAAGUCCUGUGACGACAUCCAGUGCGGUGGUGGAAAAAAAUGCCUGUGGGAUUUCAAAGUUGGCCGAGGCCGUUGCUCUCUCUGUGAUGAGCUCUGCCCGGAGAGUCAAUCGGAGGAGCCCGUCUGUGCCAGCGACAAUGCCACUUACGCCAGUGAGUGUGCCAUGAAGGAAGCGGCCUGCUCCUCUGGUGUGCUGCUUGAAGUGAAGCACUCCGGCUCUUGCAACUCCAUCUCAGAAGAUACGGAGGAAGAGGAGGAGGAAGAAGACCAGGACUACAGCUUUCCUAUCUCUUCCAUUCUAGAGUGGUAAACCCUCCAGCAGUGUUCAGUGUUGACAUAGCCCUUGGGCAAAACAAAACACAACAAAUGAAAGGAAAAAGGAAAAAAAAAAAAAGAAAGAAAAAAAGAUAGAAAAGAAAAUAACAAAAAGAAAAAAUAUAUUGUCCAUAAUGUAAAUAAGUGUAUGCUUAUUUAUUUGGGGGGAAAAGUAUACAUGAAAGGACCUUUGUCCUAAAGCUCUCUCCCAGGCCACAUUGUUACUCACAGGGGCCUGAAGAGAUUGUCAUUUUGUGGUCUACUGGAUGAGGCCUAUAGUUGAGACGUGUAGACGUUUAUUUAUACUGUGUCAUGUUUUAUAAUUUAUACAUAAAAUGUCUGGUUGACUGUACACCUUGUUUUUGAAGAAAUUUAUUCGUGAAAGGAAGAGCAGUUGUUAUUUAUUGUGAGGUCUCUUGCUUGUAAAGUAAAACCGUUUUUUUCCCCCUUGUAAACCAUUGAAGUCCAUUCCUUACAAUCCACUCACUCACCUGCCUUCUCUUCAUUUCACUGCUGUUAGAAUUUUUUUUCUUCCACUUUUUAACAAAUUUGCAUGUCAGUUCCUGUCAUGUUUAUUUAUUGGAUUCUCAGCGGCCUACUCUGUACAUACCUGAUCCUUCGGGUUUUGUUUACAAGGAAUCUUGACUGACCAAAAGGCAUUGUAACUCUGCCUCCGAUACCAGGUACAGAGGAUAUGCAUCUUGGAGGAAACGUCUGCUUCCGUUCCCUUGUUCUGACGAAAACGUUGUGAGAGAGGCUUUAAAAUUCUAGAAAUGUACUUUUAGGAUGUUACAGAUCCAAAGACCUAGUGAUGUGGGUGUCAGGAGACUAAACACAGGUGAAAGUUUCCUUUGAGGGAGUCGGCUGUACCUUUACAAUUAGUUCUUUUUCAACCAAUGUGUCACUAAAAGUUCCAUCAAAGCUUUAUCAGUUCAAGUUUCUUGCUUUUCAUAAUACUUUUUUCUGAUGCAAUUUUAUAUUUUCAAACAUGGCAAGUUAAAUAUAAAUUCAUUUAAAUAUAUAGUUUUGUACUUUUUCUACCAUGUAAAUGUGCAAUGUACAUAAAAGUUAUAAUGUGUAUUUGUAAAUAAACGAUGAGUGAAAAAAUAAAAAAAAUUUAA